AUGAGUCCCACAAGCAUUGAGACCAACGUCCCCCAUGUCACCAUAACAAGAAAGUCUCACAUUCUCAAUGUUCCAACAGAAGUUGCCUUCCUUUUCUUCGAUCGUCUUGAGAAGAAAGAUCUUGCAUCACUACGCCUCACCUGCCACCAAUUGAAUCAAUUCACAGUUGAGCGCUUAUCCAAGCGUUUGGUUAUCAGACCUACACAAAAUCUUGCCGGGCUCAAUAAUCUCAGAGAUGAGACAGCUCAAUAUGUUCAGAGCAUUGAGUUAUUCCCAACAAAGCCAUCUGACCUAUACAAACCUGUGGACGAAGGCAAUUACCAGUCAGCUGACGACCUAAAGACGCCCAGCUUCCCUAACCUCCGUACCCUACAUUUGCAUGGACACAACCUUCAGAUGAGAAGAGUUGCAGUCAAGCUCCUCCGAGAGCAUAACUUCGUCAAAGACUUGGCCCUCAACUUCAAGCAGAAAUACUUCAUGCCCAAGCACUGCGAAGAAGAGUUGCAAGGAGUUCAGAGACUUGAGACAUUGUCUAUCCGUCUCGGGCGAACACAAGAAACGUGGGCCCGGCUACCCCAUAUAGAAAGUCUAUGGGAUACAGAAUCCAUUGCCCCGGCUUGGGACAUGAUUACCGCGAAUUCCGACACCCUCAAGGUCCUCAACCUGGAAUUCUCUUCUGAGAUCAUCGGAGUCUUUGGGCAAGCGGAGCCCAGCCACAGUCCAGACACGUCCGCUCUCUUCCCCACUACCCCAGGGAAAUGGAAGAAGCAGUUGCAGCUUCGAGAAUUAAAAUUGCAACAUCUUGAGAAAUUCGGCCAGGUUUACGAACAAACGAAGUUCUUCAAUCCUGAGACGUUGCAGAGUCUCAGUCUCGUUGACUGCCCAGACUCAGAUGGGGUCCUCUUAGCCCUAGCAAAGUCGAUGACGAACCUAAAGUCCCUUCAGAUUCGACACAGCCUCCGGGAUCCGCAAACGUUGCGGUCCCUGCUCAAGCGCCUCCCGGCGCUAGAGAACCUCCACAUCGCCUUGCCGUACCAGCAAAAUUUCGAUUAUAAGUGGCUUGCGACCCAGAAGCAUAGCGUCAAGUACCUUUGGGUCGAGGCCCUAGAUAGCCGAGACAAGGACAAUGACAACUUCGAGGACUGGGCCAACCUCGAAGAACUGGCCUUUAUGAAGUUCCACCAGGCCAGCGGCAGGCGUUCUGGGGUACUCUGUUUGAAAAACCUCAGGAUCCCGGCAAACCUGAGGAUGAUCCGCUUGUUGCAUCCCCAAAGGGAUGCCCGAAGAGAUUUUGACCCGGCCCAGGUCACCAAGUUAAUCGAGGCACUGGGGGUCCGCCAGUUCCGGAUGAUGUCGGCCAAGUACCCUCGGACAACCGAGGGGAAAAGAAAGAGAAUGUACAUCAAGCCAAACCUGAAAUUUUUGGCAAUCGGGAGCUGGCAUGGGUGUGAUGACACCCAUGACCAAACGAGGGUCUUGAAGCUGGAUUUCCAGCACAUGGAGAGGUUGGGGAAGUUUCAGGGGAGCUUCGAGCGCAUCCCCAUGAGGGGGUUUGCGCGAGGGCACCCUGAUACGAGGAUGCUUGCGUAUGGGGAGGCGAGGGGGUGGAGGGCGUGGGCAGGUAGGCCCUUUACGACGGAGAUGACGUUCGGGGACGAUGCCUAA